UGCUGUGGCCUCCCUUCUUCCAUCCGUGGCAUGAAGGUGUCUUUGAGACCUUCGUCUCCGGAUACUGGAUUACCGGCUUUUUUCUCGUUUCUGUCCCUUUGAGUCGACUCGGCGAGAGACGGCAACUUAUUGUAUUAUCGCGAGCCCCCUCCCCCUGCGCUCCCACGCCAAUUCACCCGAGUGGCAGCGAUUAUCUUUCCACAGCUUCUCGUGGACUUAUCUUGUUCCUCUUGGAUUAGUGUGCGGACUAUUGAAAUAGAGGAAUGUGGUUUUCUGUACACACAUUCGGUCGCCCGGUCUCUCUUUCUCGUCCUUCAAUGGAUAUCCCUCUUCCCUGAUCCGCGCCGUUCUGUGGAUAGAAGAUCGUCAUGGCUUCAACUGGGAAGCCCCCGCUGGAUGACUCCCGUCGUGGGACGGGAUCACCCAAAAUCAAGUCACGAGAAAAUGCGAAAGAUACUCUCUGUCGUAACGUGACCAUCUAUGGCCGGUGUCGAUAUGAAGAUAAAGGAUGCGCUUUUAACCACGAUCCACAAAAGUUCAAUCCAGCAUAUCAAUCGGACAGUAACAACAAAAAGCGACUCAACGUCGACUCCCCGAGCUUCACACCUUCCCUUUUAUCCUCCAACGGGUCUUCCCCAACAAUGUCUUCAGCAACCGCGAAGAAGACCGCCACGAUAUCUCCCAAAGCUGCAAACGCUGCUCCUUUCCAACCUCGAAGUUCCAAUACGAGCACGCCGUCUGGUCGACAAGAAACGCUGACCCCGGACUGGUCUGUAGCCGAAGCACAGGAAUUUAUUCCUCAGACCUUUGACACAUCCCACAUGGCCUCUCUACAAGGGAAUGGCAAUGGCGGAGUACCCUCAUCGAGUCCUUUUGAUCCAUUUGUCACGGCCCCGAAUCCUCUUUCCGCUGCCAGUGCCGUUGGGUCCGUUCAGGCAGGCGCAUUCUCGCAUGAGACUGCCGCCGCCGCCGCCGCUCUAGGCGGAGCCGCUUUUUUUACCGGGCAGUCGGGCUUCCAGCAACCGGUCCAAUAUCAUAUGUACGCUCCUAUCGGUCCUCAUAGUCAAAACACGUUAGGCUACCAGCGAAAUGUUCAUGAUCUCUUUCUUCCGAAUGACUUUCGCGAAGAACUGCAAAAGAAGUCGGCAGCAGCUCUCCAGACCUUGCCCAAUACGCAACUGCCCGCGCAGGUUGAUUACUUCCAUUCGCUGGUCCCUCUAGAUUUGAAUCACCAAAAAAAUGCAGCAAUCUUUGGUUUUCCUAGCUGGGUUUACAAGGCGCAGUCGAGUAAAGAUGGGAAUUUCUACGCUCUUCGACGAUUGGAAGGCUUCCGCUUGACAAACGAAAAGGCCAUCCGCUCCGUUCAAGCUUGGAAACGAGUCUGCAACGGUAGUGUUGUGACCGUCCACGACGCGUUUACCAGCAGAAGCUUCCAAGACAGCUCGUUGAUAUUCGUCACUGACUACCAUCCACUUUCUAAGACACUCGCGGAACAACACCUGGGUGCGGGUAACAGGUUCCAAGGCCGACAUAAUGCACAUAUUCCUGAGCAGGUGCUGUGGGGCUACAUGACCCAGAUUGCCAACGGUCUCAAAGCUAUUCAUAGUAACGGACUUGCUGCGAGGGUAAUUGAUCCUAGCAAGAUUCUCUUGACCGGCAGAAACCGCCUUCGCCUUAAUGCCUGUGCGAUCCUUGACGUGGUUCAAUAUGACAGCCAACGAACCGUUGCGGAUCUUCAGCGCCAGGACCUAGUUGGCUUUGGGCAGCUCAUCCUUACCCUGGGUGCCAACUCGCCGGCAGUUAUGCACAAUCCCACGAAAUCCAUGGAGCACUUCACUCGCGCCUACAGUCCUCAGCUUAAGAACUCGCUGUUUUGGCUAUUGAAUGGACACCAAAAGGAUCAAGAGCGUACCAUCGACAUGUUCAUCACGGGCAUCUCCUCACAGUUGAUGUCGACGUUUGACUCGGCCCUCCACCUGGAUGAUCAGCUAACAUCGGAUCUGAGCCGGGAACUCGAAAACGGCCGCCUCGUGCGACUGAUGACCAAGUUGAAUCUCGUGAAUGAGCGCCCAGAGUAUGAGCAUGACCGGCAAUGGUCCGAGAACGGCGAGCGAUACUUCCUCAAAAUCUUCCGGGAUUACGUUUUCCAUCAGGUGGACGCCCAGGGCGAUCCAGUCGUUGAUAUUGGCCACGUACUUGCAUGCCUGAACAAGCUGGAUGCAGGAAGCGACGAGAAGGUCACGUUAGUGAGUCGAGACGAGCAGAGCUGUUUUGUUGUCAGCUACAAGGAGCUUAAAAAGGCGUUGGAAUCAUCAUUCCAGGCACUCCUCAAACCUGCUCGGAGGCUCCACUAGAUGAUAUAUUUGUUUCAGUCAUGGAAAAUUCGUCGAGUUCGACGAUCAACCUUUGAACCCCCUUCUUCUCUUGCUGAGAACCAUCUUAUAUACACGAGAAGGGGCUAUGGAUAUGAAACGAUCACGAUGAUCGUCUACCCGUUCAGGAUUCUCUGAAGCCUGGGGAUAUUUUUCUUUUCAUUUUUCUCUUUUUUACACAUCUCGGAAAAUGGAUAUGUCGGUUUCUUAUCUUGGGAACUUGGUCGGCGGAAAUUUGAGUAUGAGUAUGGGUAUCUAUUGCUGCCGGGUUGGAUUGUUUCCGGCUUAUACAAUCUUGCGGGAGGAUGUGUCCUACUUUGCUUAUAUCUUUCUGUUUGUUUCCGGCCGGAUGACUGUGGAGAUAUGAUGUGAUAUGCAACAUACAAUGAAGAUACAAUAUGCAAUUUAC